AUGGCCAGGUCGCUAUCAUGGGAUAAUCUAAAGUAUGAACUUCAGCCAUGGAUCCGCACUGCGAUAGAUGCAAUGGGGUUUGAAAUUAUGACCCCAGUUCAGGCCUCUACUAUUCCGAUGUUCUCUGGGAACAAGGACGUUGUUGUGGAAUCUGUAACAGGCUCUGGUAAAACAAUAGCUUUUACUAUUCCAAUCCUUGAAAAGGUCGUCAAGGAGGUUUUAUCAGGCUCUCCGUUGAAGAGAGGGCAUUUCUAUUCACUAAUUAUAUCACCUACAAGAGAACUAUCAAAGCAAAUCCAGGACGUUGUGGAAGCGUUUUUGGCAUAUUAUCCCAGUGAAUCGUGUCCCAUAAAAUCACAACUUAUUGUGGGAACUAGCUCGUGCUCUGUUAGAGACGACGUCAGUAAGUUCUUGGAAAACGCGCCACAAAUUUUAAUUGGCACCCCAGGAAGAGUACUGGACUUUAUGAAAGCAUCUACUGUCAAAACUAGCUCUUGUGGUGUUGUUGUUUUGGAUGAGGCAGACAGAUUACUAGAUGUCAGCUUCGAAAAGGAUGUGGAAAGCAUACUUGGCAUGCUGCCCAAGCAAAGAAGGACAGGGCUCUUUUCAGCAACCAUAAGCAGUGCGGGCAACCAGAUUUACAGGACUGGUAUGCGCAAUCCAGUUAAAAUUGCUGUAAAGUCAAAAGUUCAGAACCCAGAAUCAUUACAAAUUAACUAUAUUGUCGUGAAACCCGAAGAAAAACUGCAUCAUCUUCUCAAUAUUAUUAAUAAUAUGAGGUACAGAAAAUGCAUCGUUUAUUUUCCAACUUGUCAGGCUGUGACAUACUUUUACUCAUUUCUCAAGCACCUUUCUGACAUCAGCAAAACGCGGGAUGACUUAGAAGUUUAUUCUUUGCAUGGAAAGCUACAGACAAACUCCAGAAUUGGAACGCUAGCUAAAUUUUCUACAAGUUUGAACAUAGCCGUUCUCUUGACAACAGACGUGGCUGCAAGAGGCAUUGAUAUUCCGGAGGUUGACUUGGUACUUCAAUUUGAUCCUCCCACAAACGCAGAAAUGUUUUUGCAUAGAUGCGGAAGAACGGGUCGAGCCAAUCGAGCCGGAAAGGCCAUCACUUUCAUAAACUGUGGAAGGGAAGAGGACUAUAUCGAUUUCCUUGGAGUCAAAAACAUAAGUCUUGGAGAGCUCGAAAUUAGUUUCAGGCCGGUCGACGAAUUGGGUGUAAUUUUUAAAAGUUGGGUGCUACAAGACAGGGCAAGGUUUGAGCAUGGCAUUAAAGCUUACGCGGCUUUUAUCCGCUAUUAUUCGAAACACUCUGCGUCGUCCAUUUUUCGCCUACAAUCACUUGACUACGUUGGUCUAGCAAAAUUAUACGGUUUAAUUCGCUUACCUCGUAUGCCAGAGAUAACGAAGUACAUGAGCGCAGAUGCCACACCCUCUGAGGGUUGGCUCAUUGAUCCGCCCCUCGACUUGGAUCAUUUCUCCUAUCUCAACAAACAAAUGGAAAGGGCGAGGCAGGAAGAAUUGAAAAAGACAAAGGAAAUAAGCGACAAAAAGAAGUUGAAGAGUGAGUUGAAGAAGAAAAAUGCAGCAUGGUCUAAUAAAACAACUUCGAAAGAGACACGGAAAGAGAGGAAGGUUAAAUUAGCCGAAAAACGAAAAGCCAUUGAGCAAAAAAUCGCAGAGGCUGGCAGCGAGGAUGAAAGUGACGGAGAGGAGGAUUGGAAAGAUUUGGUGCGGAGAAACAAGAAGGCGAAAACAUGCUCUCAAAUACAAGGUGACUUUUCGGAUUUGUAG